AUGCAUCACGGUUCAACAGUAUUGUUACAAGCAAUGUUACCAAAAUAUCGUCGACAUUUUGCAUUGUUAUUAGCUGCUGUUAACAUUGCUUCUAAAGAUAUUAUUGACAAUUAUGAUAUAAUAUUAGUCAAAGAAUUAUUACAUCAAUAUGUAAAAGAUUGGCAAAAGAUAUUUGGUCUUCGUCAUAUGUCAUCCAAUAUACGUUCACUUUUACAUAUUCAUGAAUCAAUACAAUUUCUAGGUCCUUUAUAUAUGUAUAGUGCUUUUAAUUUUGAAGAUUAG